AUGGCGCAUAACAUAGUUCUGAGCGCAUCAACCGCGGCGACGAAAUGUUCUUCGCAAGUGUGGCGCGCUGCUUUGAAGAAGGCGAUGGACGCGAACAAAUCUCUACCGAAUGCAAAAUAUAUCCAAGUCGCGACAACGGGAGCGAACGCAUCGAUGGACGAUCAAAACGACGAGAGUGGGUUUCCAGCAAUCCGUACGGUUGUAUUUAGAGGUUUCCUGGACCGAGACCCGACGAAAGUGACGUUCGUGACCGAUAAGCGUUCGAAGAAAGUAGGUGAUUUUGCUGUCAACAACAAGUGCGAAAUUUGCUGGUAUUUUCCAAAGAGCAGAGAGCAGUUCCGACUGCGUGGAUUUGCCAACGUCAUCACGAAUGAAUCGACCGAUGAGAUUGACAUAAGAGACCGCUCGAUAUCGUGGAAAAAAAUGCGCCCAGGCGCGAGAGGGCAAUUUGCUUGGCCGGAACCAGGACAACCGCGUCUGCCGGAACACGAGGAAGCUUACGAUGUCGACAGACUGAUAGAAAACGAAGACGAAUUCGAAAACAUGUGGCCGAAAGAUAAUGUUCUGGAAAACUUUUGCCUCGUCACCGUGGACGUAAACCGCAUCGAUCAUCUAAAGCUGAAAGGAAACAAACGAUAUUUAUAUAGCCGUGAACAAAAUAGCGAGGGAGAUACUCGCAGUAAUAAUAGCGCUAAUAACGAAGAAGAAGAAAAAAAUGAAUGGAUGGUGUGCGAGUUAUGCCCGUAG